GUUAUUGACUUGGGUGGAGAGCCCAUCAAGGGCAGUGACUACUUUGGAAACGGCCGAGUGACAGAGUUCAAAUACGGUGCAAAACUGGGGACAGUGAUCCGCAAGUGGAACGGAGAAAAGAUGGCCUACUUGAAGAACUGGGGAGAAGGCUGGGGCUUUAUGCCUUCUGACAGAGCCCUGGUUUUUGUGGAUAAUCAUGACAACCAGCGUGGACACGGGGCUGGUGGAUCUUCCAUUCUAACCUUCUGGGAUGCCAGACUUUAUAAAAUGGCAGUUGGUUUCAUGCUUGCUCAUCCAUACGGGUUCACACGUGUGAUGUCAAGUUUUCGCUGGCCAAGAUAUUUUGAAAACGGACGGGAUGUCAACGACUGGGUUGGACCACCGAGUGACUCGGAUGGAUCCAUAAAGCCUGUGACAAUCAAUCCAGACACUACCUGUGGCAACGACUGGGUUUGUGAACAUCGCUGGCGUCAAAUCAAAAACAUGGUUAUCUUCCGUAACGUGGUGGACGGUCAGCCUUUCUCCAACUGGUGGGACAACAACAGCAAUCAAGUAGCCUUUGGCCGUGGCAACAAAGGCUUCAUCAUUUUCAAUAACGAUGACUGGUAA